UCCUCCUCACACAGAGGGGAGGGAAGAAGCGCUGAGGGAAGAAAGACGGGCUGGCCGCUGAUCCUGGCAACGGGACCGCUUUCUCCCAGCUCGUCGUGAAGAGUCAGGAGCCCACCGCCAGCUCACCUCUGCCCUGUCCGCUGCCCGGCUCAGCCAUGCCCAGGAAAAGCAUCGUGCAAGUCAGCGUGCAGAACGUGCAGAAGAGGCGCAGCCCCAACAAGCACUAUGUAUAUAUUAUUAAUGUCACCUGGUCAAAUGGUACCACAGAGGUCAUCUAUCGAAGAUACAGCAAGUUCUUUGACUUACAGAUGCAAAUACUGGACAAGUUUCCAGUGGAAGGUGGGCAGAAGGAUCCCAAACAAAGGAUUAUCCCAUUCUUACCAGGCAAAAUCUUGUUUCGGCGAAGUCACAUUCGUGAUGUUGCAGUUCGGCGCCUGAUUCCUAUCGAUGAGUAUUGUAAGGCCCUCAUUAGAAUGCCCCCCUACAUCUCCCAGUGUGACGAAGUCCUCAGUUUCUUUGAAGCCAGGAUGGAGGACUAUAACCCACCUAAGGAAGAGCCUAUUGGGAAGAGGAAACUUGGCGGAGAUUCUUCAUCGGCUGACCCCUUAGUCUUGGAUCAGUAUGUGGUGGUUGCUGCAUAUGACAAACAGGAGAGCACAGAAAUCACUCUGCGUGUUGGUCAAGUGGUCGACAUCAUUGAGAAAAACGAGUCUGGCUGGUGGUUUGUCGGUACUGCAGAUGAACAAGGAUGGGUCCCUGCAACUUGCUUAGAGACUCAAGAUGGGGGACAGGAGGACUUUACAAUUCAACCAGAAGAAGAAGAGAAAUACAGCGUUAUCUAUCCAUACACUGCAAGAGAUCAAGAUGAAAUCACUCUGGAUAAAGGAGUCAUAGUAGAGGUCAUGCAAAAGAAUCUUGAGGGAUGGUGGAAAAUUAGAUAUAAAGGUGCAGAGGGCUGGGCCCCAGCAUCCUACCUGAAGAAAAUUAGUGGAGAUUUACUAUCACAAAAGCUAGCCUCAGGGUCCAGUGCCAAUUCCAGUGCUCUAGAUUUGGAUGGAAUCUCCAGGCAGCAGAACUAUGCUGGUCGGGAUAAGGAAGCUCCAAGUCGCCAACUUCCAUUCACAGAUUUUAAACGAAAAUCCCCCAUAAUGAGACAGAGACCACCUCCUCGCCGGGACCUUACCAUUCCACGGGGACUAAAUCUUCCUAAACCUCCUACUCCCCCUCAUGUUGAAGAAGAGUUUUACACUAUUGCAGACUUCCAGACUAUUAUUCCUGACGGGAUCAGUUUCCAGGCAGGACUAAAAGUUGAGGUAAUAGAGAAGAACCAUAGUGGCUGGUGGUACAUUCAGAUUGAUGAUAAGGAGGGCUGGGCCCCCGCUACCUUUAUUGACAAGUAUAAGAAAACAAGCAGUGCAUCGAGGCCUAACUUUCUGGCUCCAUUACCUAAUGAGAUGGCACAGCUUUGCUUGGCAAAUACUUCAGUAGAGAGUAGUUCUUUGGAAGAAACAUCUGGGCCUUGUAGACCUCUGCCUGAGCCUCCACAAAAUGGCACAGAAUCUGUGCCAAAGUGGAAAAACAAAGAAGAAGGCUUCAAAAGUACUCAAGUGAAUGGUAAAGAACAAAUAUUCAACAGUGUAUAUGAUGAAGCUGCUAAUGAUGAAGGGGAGGAGAAGCCAAGUUUACCUCCAAGAAGGGAAUCAAUGCUGAAGACAGAAGAUGUUUCUGAAAGACCGAGCAUGCCACAGCUUCGUGUUCCUCCUCCGAAACCAUCACCAAGCUUGAUGCCUUCUGGGCCACAGAGACAGUUACCCCCUAAAGACAUCAAGAAACCAGAAAUAAAAAGUGACAAAGGAAAAAUGUUUCAGCUAAAAAAUGAAAUGGGGCUGGAAUGUGGCCACAAAGUAUCACCCAAAGAGCUGAAAAAGCCCAUGCUGAAGCCUGUCCCUAACAAACCAAAGCCUGACCAGUCUAUAGAGAAGGCAGACGUGAUGGUCCCAAACCCCUUUUUGAAGUCCAAACCACAAGUGAGACCCAAGCCAAUCACUGCAGCUAAAACCGAAAUUAACACAGAAAAUAAGGUUGAUAUCUCAAACUUGAGAAGUAGACUUAAACCUGCUUCAAAGUCUGUAGAGAAAGCAAAUGAGCAGGAGUCUUUUGUAAACAGUGGAGCAAAUGAUAGUGCAAUGUAUACUGCACCUUAUCAAGGGGCUGCUGGCAGACCUCUUGAAAAAACAGAUUGGAGACAUCAGUACAAACAGGAUGAUGAAAUACCUAGAGAGCCACCAUCUAAAGCGUUGCCAGUGCCUAUGAGGACUGCAGACAGUGAACCAAAGCCUGGAAGAGAUCCACCCCAGAGGCCUGUAAUACCACCAAGAAGACCCCCUCCUCCUAAGAAAUUGUCCACUGAAACCAGUGAAGGGAAGGCAACACCACAAAAAGAAGGCUCUGAUUCAGUACCUACUCCCCUAUCAAACAAGCCAAUACUGGUCCCACCAAAAUCAAAGCCAUUCAUCCCUUCAUCCAGUAUGGAAGAUACCAAAGUAAGAAAUAGCUUUGUCCCAAAGACGCAGGCACCAAGGCAGGUAGAUAAGUCAGACAUCAAAGAAAGGUCAUUACCUUGUGAGAUACCCAAAGAUUGCUGUUAUAUAGCCGUUGCCGAUUUUGAUGGUGACGAAGAAACAGGCAGCUUUAAAGAAGGGACAGUAUUUGAGGUUCAGGAGAAGAGCUCAAGUGGCUGGUGGUUCUGUAGGAUUAUUAAUGAAGGCCCAGUUUGGGAGGGCUGGAUACCUUCCAAUUAUCUUAGAAAGAAGCCAUAAUAGCUUGCAUUGUUUACUCAUUGCCAUAGUCUCCUAAUUUCAGGUCUAUUUAAUUAGUCCAUUAAUUUAUCGUUUUUACAUGAAGCCUAAUUUUUUUUUUAAUACAUUCCAUUUUUUUAUUCACUUCUUUUU